CUUAUUUAUAUAUAUAUACACUCUAAUUACGUAUUUUAUCCUUUCUAAAAUGACUACAACAAUGAGUUUCUCAGAUAGUUUUUGGGAAAGUAUUGAUAAAAAUGGUAUUACUAUCUUGAUGGAGAGAAUGCGAGGUGCUAAACAAACUUGUGAGCGAUUCAAACAUGCUUAUGAAGCAAGAGCAUUGCUGGAAGAAGAGUAUGGUAAAACACUGUUACAAAUUGCUCAAAAGCAAAAGCCAUCCAGUGUAGAGAAUGGUUCUAGUCGAUCUGCUAUGAAUGCUAUGCAGAAGGAGUUUAUAUCGAUUGCUGAAUCUCAUUUACACCUGUCAAAUCUUUUGCGCGAAAAUAUCAAUUUGCCUCUAACCAAGCUACUCAAUCGACAAAAAUCCUUAAGGAAAGAGCUUCAAACUUCCAUUCAAAAAUUAUACAACAACAGACAACUUCAAGUUCAUUUUGUACGUAGAGCUCAUAAGCGUCAUAACCUUGAAAUCGAAAAAGCCAAUUUACUGGUUCAACAACAAACAAACGAAAAAGAUAAAAUGGCGACAUUUAAAGCAGCAGAAGUGACUAUUGACAAGUUGAAAAAGGUAUAUGAUGAAGGAUUGAAGGACCUUAAAAAGGUGAUAGAUGAAUGGAAUACAGAAUGGAAAAAGACAUGCGAGAGCUUUGAAAAGCUGGAGCAAGAAAGAUUAGAAUUCUUCAAAUCAAACUUAUCCAACUGUGCAAAUCUAAUGCUAGGCAAUCUUGAAAAUGAAGUCCAAGCUUGUGAACGUAUCAACUCCGAAGCUUUGAAUAUCAAUAUCCAAGAAGACUUGACGGAAUUUGUCAAGGAGAACAAGUCCAGCACAGUGAUUCCAAAUCCCAUGGAAUACAUUAAGAUACAUGCAUACUAUGAAGCCAACCAAGAAAAAGACUCAAAGCAUUCGUCCAGUGCUUUCAAAGAUACAAUGGAUAACGACGAACAAAGUGAAUCCGAAGAUAGGUCUCAUGUCCCUGUUCAACGAAAGAGAUCCUCGACUGUGUCUGGUACAGUCGAUAGUCCAAAGAAACCUUCUGCUAUUGUUGCAAGAUCAGAUGCUGAAAGUGAUCUAAAAGGUGUAGAUAAACAGAUUACCGCAGAGCAUGUGGCUGAGACUCCUACUAAAGAACCAGUCUUGAUGGUGGGUGUAAUGGAAGUGUAUCCAUCAGAUGAAGAAGAGGAUGAAGAAGAAUAUGAAUAUAUCACAGAGACAGAAUCUGAGCCAGAAAAUGAAGGUGAUCACGAAAAAACAAGACAAGAAGUCGCAGACAAAAAGAUCUCAAGCGAAGUAGAAGAAAUCAAAAUUAAGGAAAAGUCUGUUGACAAAGAAACUCGUCUUGAAAAGAGUGAUUCUGUAGAAAAAAAAGAAGAUCAAUCCUCUCGUUUACAGCAAGUCCAGAACGACGAUUCCCCUCCUUCUUUAUUAACAAAGCAUAGCUUCGAAACUAACAGAAGAGUUUCAUUUAUUCAAAAUGCCAAUGCACCACUUUCUAUCAAGACAGAUCCAGCUACUAAUACACCAAGCCGUUUAGAGCAAUAUGCUAGUAAAUACAUGAAUUCAACUCCUACCUCACUUGACAGAUUCAGCCAGCCCAAUGCAAAUGAUCAGUAUUUGAUGGGCGAUGAAUAUGAUGUGACUUCCCCUUCUGAAGCAGCAGCGUUUGAGUUAGAUGAUAUGUUGAGAAAGCUUGAUGCUAAACGUAUCAGUCGUACAGAAGAAGAAAAUACUCGACAACCUGAUAUUCGACCCACUGCUUCUAUUUCCUCUCCUAGUUUACUACAAAAGCAACAACAAAGAAGAAGUAAUAUUUCAUCUCAAUACUUUCAACAAAGACAGCCCUAUGACAACCUAUCAACACGUCGUAUGAGUACUGUUGAAACAACCCAUUCUCCUUAUGGAUCUGUGAGAAGUACUACGAACGAUUUUUAUGAUCCAUUUAAUUCUCUUUCUUCGAAAGAGACAGGAACUGAUGGUAGCAGCAAACGAAGCAGUUUUGCUGAGAGUCCAAGUUUUCAACAGCCAUCAGCACAAACAAUUCGAGAACGCAUGCUUUUGAAAGACACUAGUGAAAAGCCUUCUUUUCGCAGAGAUAGCUUUGUUCAAGACUUUUAUAAUGUGAAUGCAAAGAGCCCUGAUAAUUCUGUCAAAUCAAGCAACACAGCAAAUUCUGGUCAAUUCAUUGAUUUUGCUAUUGCUCUUUAUGACUAUGAUGUUGCGGACGAAGGUGAAAUUGCUUUUAAAGAAGGUGAUUUGCUCGGUAUUAUUUCCAAAAACAAAGAAGAAGAACAGGGCUGGUGGGAAGCAAGCUUGUUGAACCGCAGAAAUCAAAAAGUGAUUCGAACAGGGCUUGUGCCAAGUAACUUUUUAGAAGCAGUGUCAAAAUAAACAUCAUUGAUCAUGUUUAAAAAUAGCCAUUCAUCUAAAGUUGUGCCUGAAUUUAGUAGUGUUGUCAGCCGUAGCUAAAUCAAAUAACUAGACCCAGUUUAUUGCUUAAUAUAGAUACAACUGUUACAGUACAAAAGUAAUGUUAUAGUUGAAACUUUUGUCUACAGUACCGAGCUAUGGAAGGACCCCUUGUAAAAAUCUAC